GCUACCGUACUCGUUCGCUCACAGAAUCAGAACCCCUACCCAACACCUUCGCUCCUUUCUCCCCCUUUUAAUUUUCCUUUUUCUUGGAUUUCAUCUCCAAACAAUCAUAAAUUCCGUCAAUUCCCUCUCAAUUUCUCCAAAAAUGGAAGGCGCGGACGCCAGCAAUCACAGUAAAGCGAGUUUCCGAAGAAGCAGCAACAGCCACAUAUCCAUGUCCGACACCGAGUCAAUGACGAGUCAGGGCGACUCGUUCCACUCGCCUCUCCGUUCCGAGUCGCCCCUCCGCUCCGACGACCCUUCUUUCCGUCCCCAAAACGACGAUCCCAGCGAUAAGAACGACAAGGCCAUAGUUCUCGUCAACAAAUACUACUCCCCCGUCCCGUCUCCGGGGAAAUCCGGCGCUCCAGAGCCUUCUCCGGCCGCCGUCGGCAAAGGGUGGCGGCGGUGGCCCCACUCGGAAAAGCCCGCAUCGGAGAAUCUCGAUAUUCCGGUGAGCUCGCCGCAAGGGAGCGGAAGGGAAGGGGAGAAUCUUGAGAUUCCGGCGGUUGUGGGGCUUAAUAAGUUAGUGAGGGAGGAGGCGCCGCCGGGAGUGAAGAAGGUGGGGCCGGUGGGCGGCGAUGGGGCGCUGGAGGAGGGGUACGGGGGUGGGAGGGAUGUGGUGGGGGGAGAGCGGCGGUCGAGGGCGGCGGUGGAGUCGAUCUUGAAGAGGUCGGGGAGGAACACGGCGGUGAGGAGGGUGGCGCUGGCGUUUCGAGUGUUUGAAGUGAUUUCUUGUUUGAUUUCGUUUUCGGUUAUGGCUGCUGACAAAACGGAGGGGUGGAGUGGCGAUUCCUUUGGUCGAUAUAUCGAAUACCGAUUCUGCGUAGCUGUAAAUGUUAUCGGAUUUGUGUAUUCUGGUUUCCAAGCUUUGGAUCUGGCUUACUAUCUGGGGAAGGAGAAGCAUGUGUUUGCCCACCAUCUUCGUUACCAUUUCGAAUUUGCAAUGGAUCAGAUUCUUGCAUACCUUCUGAUGUCAGCAUCAUCCUCGGCAGCCACCAGGGUGGACGACUGGAUUUCCAACUGGGGUGCGGACGAGUUCACCUUGAUGGCUAGUGCGUCAAUUUCCAUGUCGUUCCUGGCUUUCCUCGCCUUCGCCAUCAGCUCCCUUGUGUCCGGUUACAACCUCUGCGACCGGGAUGCUACUUGAUACAACUGUCUGUAUUCUAUACACCCUGCAGAAGCUGUACUGUACAUAAUCUGUGAGGUAAAUAGGAAUUCGAUUCUACCUUUUUUUUGGAAUUACCGAGUGUAGGAUUGGAUAUGAUCAAUAAAAGAGAGCACACUCCUCACACCUCAGUUUUUAUUAAAUUUCUACCAAGGAGAAAUAAUAGCUGGAAAUAUCUUGUUUUACAAUGUUCAUUUGUAUAUAUGUAGCUAGACAAUGAAGAUCUCGAGCUCUCUGCAUAUCA